CAUCCAGCGUGCAGGAAGAAGGUGUCUCACAUCUCACCAUCCAGCGUGCAGGAAGAAGGUGUCUCACCAUCCAGCGUGCAGGAAGAAGGUGUCUCACCAUCCAGCAUAGGAAGAAGGUGUCUCACCAUCCAGCGUGCAGGAAGAAGGUGUCUCACCAUCCAGCGUGCAGGAAGAAGGUGUCUCACAAUCCAGCGUGCAGGAAGAAGGUGUCUCACCAUCCAGCGUGCAGGAUGUCACAGACAUGCUCACCUGCGUCUGUGGCCAUGAUCAACACCUACCAGAGCAGCUUUGGAAAACCACCACCACCACCACCACCGCUGCCUCCACGCCAACAUGGUGGUCCUCAGCCGGUGGUCUUCAUGCAGCCAGCAGCCAGCAAGAACCUGACCUGGUUCUUGGUUUCUGUGAUGAUCCUGCAGGUCCUGCUCACACUGGGAGGCUUCGUGUUCCUCUACCACACGCAGAGGCGUCCAUCACCUGAAGGAAAAGCUGAUUUUCAGUCAUCAGAGAACCUGCACGGUUCCUCCAGAACGUUGGCCCGCAUGACGGUGGAGAAACCAUCUGAGCCUGCACUCAGAAGAUCAGGUUACCUGCAGUGGGACCUGAAGCACUCUGAGAGGAGGAACGUCAACUACUUCUACGGCAGCAGCUGGUUGACCAUCCUGCAGCCCGGGGACUACUUGGUGGUGUCCAGGGUGACCUUCUCCAGGCGAGACCCUCACACGCCCCUGGCCAGCUCCGUCAAGCUGAGGCGUGGUGGUGGUGGUGGUGGUGGUGGUGAGGAGGAGGAGGCGAAGGACACGGUGGCCAUGCGGGCGUACUGCAGCCUGGCUGGGAGCGGGUCUGACCCCCAGAUGUGCACCACCUCCCAGGUGGAGGUGAUGUCCCUGAGGAGGGGGGAGCAGCUCAGCGUGUGGGUGGAGGACUUGUCCCUGGUGGACUACACCCGCACCGCCACCACCUUUGCUGUCUACAAACUUUGACUUUCAACAACUUCUUAUUUAUUUCUCUCUAUUUAAUUUAUUCAUUUCAUUUGUCAACUAAUUGUUGCCUUGUAAGGAACAUUUUUAUUAAUAUUGAAAC